GCGCAACGAUUAGGAGGAGCGGAAUGCUGGAAAUACGUUUGUAAUAUAUGGCACCUCUGGGAGAACGAGAGUUUUGUCUGUUUGGAAACCGGCAGCCGGAAUAAGUAACUGGAUGUAAAAAAAAAAAAAAAACGAAGAAGAAGAAGAAGAAAAAGAAGAAAUAAAUAUUCUGGAUUUGCUUGUUUUGCUAAGGAAAGGGGGGGAAAUAUCGUGUACCUCUAAUGUUCCGAAAAGCCUGAGACUGGGAAGACAAAGAAACAGGAUCGGAGAAGUUUGCCUGCUUCACUGAAAUGUAGACUCAUCCUAAACAAGGAUGGUGUGGCGGUAGUUGUAUGGAGUUGGAACUGGGGGCAUUUUUCGAAAGGAUAAACGUGGGAAACGGUGUUAGAAAAACUUUCCUUUGUUCCCCACACCGCGGACGAAUAACGAAGCAGGGGUCGCACGCUUGGAUUGUUUUAAAAACGAUUUCCUUACGCACGCUCUGCGCACACUGAUUUCCAAACUCCAAGAGGCGCAUGUCAAGCACGUUGUGCGAUAGUGACUGCGGAGGCACGCGAGGGAGACUCCGAAAGUCCGGCGUGAUGUUUUUACUUUUCCUCCUCGCGAUCGUGCCGUCCGGUCACGGGUGCCCGGAGGAAUGCUUGUGCUCCUCACAAACUGUGAAAUGCCAAAACAAGGACUUGGACAGGAUCCCGCAUUUCAUACCAAACAACACCAAAAUUCUAUUUGUGUCAGGAAACAGCAUUUCCCGUAUUAGUGGGGACUCUUUCCCAACCCGCCUGGAGCUAUUAACAGAGCUCCAUCUCAGUGGGAAUGAGCUGGAGUAUGUGGAUACAAUGGCAUUUAACAACUUGCCAAACCUUGUGUGGCUGGACUUGAGCAACAACACACUCCAGCAUUUCAGUGAAAGCGCUUUCCCCAGUGACAAUAAACUGCAACACUUGAACCUCAGUAGGUCUUUGCACAAUCACUCCACCACAGAUGAGCUUUUAAAUUUCCUGCACAGCAGGAACCUCGUCCAGCUGACAGUCUUGGAUCUGUCCAACAAUGACCUUGUGAUUCUUCCCAGCGAUAUAUUCACUGGUCUUUCCAGCCUGGUCAGCCUCAGCCUGCAGAACAGCUCCAUCAUCAACAUCCACAACGGGACUCUCAGAGUGCCCCCAUUGCGUGACCUUGACCUGAGGAACAACAGCCUGAAAGAUCUGUCCAGCAUCAUGAUGGCAGAGUUCAGCCUUAAGCCCGACCUCCGCAUCCAGCUGGCAGGGAACCCCUGGCAUUGCAACUGCUUUAUCGAGGACACGCUGAUGUGGCUGAAGAACUCCACUCAGGUCGUCGACGUCCAGAACCUGACCUGCACGAACCCCAAGGACCUGAGACGCCAGCCACUUCUGCAGUUGGAGAAGUACGAGCUGAAGUGCUCGAUGGAGAUGAAGGGCGUGCUGGGGACUUCUUACGUGUUCCUGGGACUGGUGCUGGCCCUGAUCGGUGUCAUAUUCCUGCUGGUGCUCUACCUGAACAGAAAGGGCAUCAAACGGUGGAUGUACAACAUCCGGGAUGCUUGUAGGGACCACAUGGAGGGGUAUCAUUACAGGUAUGAGAUAAACUCUGACCCACGUUUGGCCAACCUGAGCAUCAAUUCAGAUGUGUGAAGAGCACAGUACAGCGUGGCACCAGCCUGGGACCGUGUAGUGAGAUAAUAAAUGACUUUAUACUAUUAAGAUUUGCAUGAAAGUCUUCCUCCCCCACACCCCAUGAUGAUACUCAGACUUCGCACCUGUCGCCGCUCCUUUUUACCCACCCCUUAGUGACUUCCCCAUCAGCCACUGCCGCAUGUCCCGUACCAGUCACCUGGCAGCUGCAAUGUCAGCAGCAUUGUCUCUGUGUAACAGUGCAUGGACAAUGAGUCAUGGCAAAGGGGUUUUCUGGACAGUUGCAAAGAGUGAUAUGUUCUAUUUUUACUUUCCCCUAAAGGAUAAACGAAUGAAGGGAACUGACUUGUAACUAAAAGAAUAGUUGGUGAAAACACACUGCCAGUCGUUGCAUCCUUCUCGUAAAGCCUCAGCUGCAGACAAAUGUUACACUGCUUGAGUUUGUUUUUUAAACGUGAACAUGUGUAAUACAGUAUGCCUUCUUUUGAAUGAUUAUAGUGCACACUGCAUUAGCUCUUCGGAUUUAUUAGGUGGAUGUGAUUGCUCUUUUUUUUUUCUCCUGUGAUGAUAUUGAGCUGAAUAAAAUGCCUCUGGAUUGCUGGUAUCUGUCUCGACUGAGGGCUUUUUAAUUGUAAGACUGAGGAAUGUGAUCCCAAAGCUGUGAUGAAGGAGUUCACGGGCACACACACACACACACUUACAUUCCUGAGGCAGGGCCACAACUCGGCUAAAAACCACAUGACAAACACUAAAUCUCACUCCAGCUGUCAGCGAGCUCAGCAAUGUGUGAAACGUUUGCACUUUUGCCACUUAUAGUAUCUCCAGGGUAACAGUGUACGGCUGUGUUCUCAU